GGACUCUAGACUCGCCCUGUGGUCAGAGCCAGAAGUUCCUGGAAUGUUCAGGCUGCUGGGGGCCUGCGGGCUCCCUUCCCCCAAAUCCUUGGCAUCUUCAAACCUGGCCUGGAGCCGGCAGAACGGCCAGGCUAAGCUGGGUUCCAGCUGAGGAGGGAACUUCACCCUCUCCUUCCUGGAGGACAGCCAAGUCCCAGUGUUGGCGCCAGGCCCCUCCCACUUGAGAACUACAAAGCUUGCAGCUCUGAGAGCAGUCCUGCACUCACCACGCCGCGCCUGUUCUAAGCCCCACGCAGACACAGGCAGGGUCACAAGGCCAAGAUCCAGAGAGAUCAGAAUUCAGCAGCUGGCACCAUUGACAUAUUGUUCAAGGAAGGAGGCCACCUCCCGGCGCCCCUGAGGAGACAGCAUGGAACUGAUCCAGGAUACCUCCCGCCCUCCAGCAAAGUAUGUGAAGGGCAUCCCUCUCAUCAAGUACUUUGCAGAGGCCCUGGGGCCACUGCAGAGCUUUGAAGCCUGGCCUGAUGACUUGCUCAUCAGCACCUACCCCAAGUCUGGCACCACCUGGGUGAGCGAGAUCCUGGACCUGAUCUACCAGGAGGGUGACCUGGAGAAGUGUCAGAGAGCCCCUGUCUUCAUGCGGGUGCCCUUCCUUGAGUUCAAGGCCCCUGGGGUUCCCACAGGUGUUGAGGUUCUGAAAGAUACACCGGCCCCACGGCUCCUCAAGACACACUUGCCCCUGGCCCUGCUUCCGAAGACCCUGCUGGAUCAGAAAGUCAAGAUGAUCUACAUCGCCCGCAACGCCAAGGAUGUCGCCGUCUCCUAUUACCACUUCUAUCGCAUGGCCAAGGUGCACCCUGACCCUGGCCCCUGGGACAGCUUCCUGGAGAAGUUCAUGGCCGGGGAAGUGUGCUACGGGUCCUGGUACCAGCACGUGCGGGAGUGGUGGGAGCUGAGCCACACCCACCCUGUUCUCUACCUCUUCUACGAGGACAUAAAGGAGGACCCCAAAAGGGAGAUUCAGAAGAUCCUGGAGUUUGUGGGGCGCUCCCUGCCGGAGGAGACUGUGGAUCGCAUCAUCCAGCAGACGUCUUUCAAAGAGAUGAAGAAGAACCCCAUGACCAACUACAGCACCAUACCCACUGAAAUCAUGGACCACAGCAUCUCUGCCUUCAUGAGGAAAGGCCUCACUGGCGAUUGGAAAUCCACCUUCACUGUGGCCCAGAAUGAGCUCUUUGAAGCCCACUAUGCUGAGAAGAUGGCGGGCUGCAAGCUCCGCUUCCGCUGGGAGCUGUGAGUGGUCCUCUGGAGGCGUGUGAAACAAGCCCAGCCAUGGCUUCAGGAAAAAAAUCAGAUGCAUCUGGAGGCGUGUGAAACAAGCCCAGUCAUGGCUUCAGAAAUAAAAUCUGAUGUGUGUUAAA